CUGAGCCCUCCAGACGAACACGCCUCCUCUCCAUCGACAGCCAUGGCCUACUCUCGCAUCUUCACCGCCCUCGUCGCUUCUGCCAUCGUGUUCGCCGGUGUCAAUGCCGAGUCGCACACCGUUACCUUCGUCAAUAACUGUGGAUUCGGAACUCCCCUACUCAAGGCCAACGGUCAAACGCUUUCGACCGGUGGUUCCGUCACUUUCGGCGGGUCCCUAAUCUCUGCUAUUGCAUUCCUGCAGACGGGCUCUUGCGGAGACAACGGUGAGGGUUGCACACUCAUCGAGACCACCCUGGUCAACCCUACAAGCCCUGGCUCCGGCUCAAGCACAGACAUCUCGCUCAUCCCCCCGCACUCUUUCUCCGUGACCUCCGGCUUCGGAUACUUUGACGGCUGCGAUGGCGCCGGAGCGGACUGCACCGAUGCCAACUGCCCGGAUGCGUUCCACACCUCUGGCCAGACCGGCGUCCAAGUUGCGUGCCAGUCCGAUAACGUCAACCUCGCCAUCACGUUCUGCGACUGAGAGCUAGUCUUUCUUGGCUUCUGUUGUUUGCUUCGUACUGGUUACUCUGAGGAAAUGACAAAGGGAAUAAAUCGGUGCUUUGCAUAAACG